AUGUCAUUUUGGAAAAAUAUCCGUCUCGAUAAAGUAGGGCUAGGCUCAUUGUUCCAAGCACAACGCCCAAAGAUCGGAACUCAUGAUGGAUUCUUUCAUUGCGAUGAAGCUUUGGCUGUCUAUCUUUUGCGUCAAACAAAAGCAUUCAAGAAUGCAAAUCUAGUACGUUCUCGUGAUCCUGCGGUACUAGCUACAUGCAAUGUUAUUGUUGAUGUUGGGCAAAUCUAUGAUCCUCAAAGAAACAUGUUUGAUCACCACCAGAAAGGAUUUGAGGAAAUCUUUGACUCGAAUAGCGAAAUCAAGUUAAGCUCGGCUGGAUUGAUUUACAAACACUUUGGAAAAGAGAUUUUGGCUACAGAAUUAAACUUACCAAACCAGGAUCAUCCUACAGUGACAGAAAUAUACAACAAAAUUUAUUACAAAUUUGUUAAACCUUUGGACGCAAAAGAUAAUGGAAUUACAGCUUAUGCAACAGAAGCAAGUCCUCGUUAUUUUGACUCUACAGAUCUUGGUACACGUAUCAGUAGACUUUACCCUGCAUGGAAUGAACCAAAUGAUACUGCCUUGGUGAAUGAACGAUUUGAAGAAGCUUCAAGUUUAGCUGGGAAAGAGUUUAUACAAUCAGUCAGAUCUCUUAUAAAUUCUUGGUUGCCAGCGCGUGUAAUAGUACAGAAAUCCUAUGAAAACAGAAAUAAAUACCAUCCUUCUGGUAGAGUAGUUAUUUUGGAAGAAGCCUGCCCGUGGAGGGAUCAUCUCAAGACAUGUGAGAAAGACUCGACUACAGAAGUUCUCUAUGUAAUCUCUGAAUCAAAAAAUGGGAAAUGGAUGGUACAAACUGUCGGCAAGCCCGGAGCUCAGUUCAGAAAUAAAUGGCCGUUGCCUGAAAGCUGGAGAGGUCUUUCUAAAGAAGCACUUCGAGAAGUAUCAGGCAUACCCGGUGCCGAAUUUGUACAUGCUGCUGGGUUUAUAGGUGGGGCAGAUUCUUAUCAAGACGCAUUGAGCAUGGCUUCAAAAGCAAUUGAGGAGUUUGAGGCAAGCAAGUCAAUAACUGAUAUCAAACAAUAG